CUCAUGUACUGCGGUGACCUUGGAGACGAGCUGGAGGGGGCGGAGCUUGGCACCGGCCUGCCAGCAGAGGAGGACGGAGCGGCGGCUGCAGAUCAGACUCCGGCAGCUCUGUCCACCCACGAGCCCCUGAUGUGCGCCGGCUGCGGCGAGCAGGUGUGCGACCGCUUCUUCCUAUUGGCCGCUGGCCGGGUGUGGCACAGCGGCUGCCUCCGCUGCAGCCAAUGCCACUGCGAGCUGCAGACACACCCCUCCCUCUUCUGGCGAGACGGGAACAUCUACUGCCAGCAGGACUACUGCAGGAUGUUUGGCGUCGGUCAGUGUGCUCGCUGCUCCCGGCCAAUCCCAGCCUCAGCUUUUGUCAUGAGGUCGGGCGAGCUGACCUUUCACCCCCACUGCUUCUCCUGCCAGGAGUGUGACAUCAAAUUGAUGCCUGGCAACCUGUACUGCAUGCAGGGCCCAAACCUCUACUGUCAAUCACAUUACUACGGCAACAGCGGCGUCCCACCCUCCCACGAUCUCCACCAAACCAAACCACAUCUGAAAGAAGGUGAGAGUGUGGGGUGGGGAGAGGGGGAGGAGUCUGUCAGCAGCCCGGAGCCACGAUUGGACGACCGGGCGGCGGGCGGGCAGGUGCGCAGGCGGUCCAAGCGAAUCAGGACGUGUUUCCGCAGCGAGCAGCUCAGGGCGCUGGAGUCGUAUUUCGCCCAGAAGCACAAUCCCGACGGCAAAGACUGGACCUGCCUGGCCCACAAGACCGGCCUGCCCAAGAGAGUCCUGCAGGUGUGGUUCCAGAAUGCGCGGGCCAAGCUGCGGCGUUCCCUCACCGCCGACGACUCUCAGGUCGGCUCGCCCGCCGCCGCCGCCCCAGGAUGCAAAACUGCACCGUCCAAAUCCCCACCCCCGACCUGCUCUCCCAACCAAUCACAGGCCUUCCUCACCAGCACCAUCGACCAGCUGCAGCUCUCCCUGCUGACCUCCCCGCUGGGCGACCUGCCCCAGGACCCUGCCGGCGACCAACCACAGGGGCUGAGAAGCUCCUCCUUCCUGCUGGACUACGACUCCCAGCCUGCACCUGGGUGUCCCUCUCCCCUGGAGGCCUACGGCGACUUCAGGGAGGCAGACGGAGGGGAGAGAAGCGGAAAUCCCGGCUUUGAUUUUAGGCCAUAUUACUGUUAGGCAGAAUAAUCAUCCAGUCAGCAGAAGCCCGUCCAGCUCCCUCAGAUCUGAGCGAACAGCAGGAGACCUGGAGCGAGCGAGAUACAGAUGAAAAGGAGCAGUGCCACUGGAAAUCAUGAGGGCAGUGCAGCCAAUCCUCUGUGACAGUAAACUAAAUACCUCUGGGUUGUGGACGGUUUAGUCUGUUGGGACAAAAUGAAUCAUCUGAGGG